AUGGAGAUGGCAGUAGGGUAUCGUUUCAAGCCUUUUGAUGAUGAACUUGUGAAAUAUCUACUCACAAGAGUCAACGGAGAUCCACUACCACGGAAUCCGAUUAUAGAGUGCGAUCUUUAUGGUGAAAACACGCCGUGGGAGUUGCUUGACGAAGCUUCAGAUGAAAAGAUAUGGUAUUGUUUUACUAGGUUGAAGAAGAAAGGGAAAAGAGUUUUUAGAACAGCAGGUGGAGGGACUUGGCAUGGUGAAAAUUCAGGGAUUGAAAUCCUUGAUAGAGAUAACAACUAUAAUGUUAUCGGUGUGAAGAAAACCUUUUCUUUCAAGACGAAAAAGGUUGAGAACUACAGAAGUUGUAAGUGGAUCAUGCACGAGAUUUCUUUGGUGGGUGCAUACUGGGGUUGUGAUCUUGUUCUUUGCAAGAUUAAAAAGAAGGAUGUGAAAGGUUACGGAUCAGUUGCACAAAUUUGUCUACAAGAAAAAGAAGAUGGUGCCUGUGUUAUUCUGGCAAACACUACGAAUCAGGUGCAAUAUAAUGGUGGAUUCUUGAUGUACGAGAACAAGAACGUCCCGCCAAACAUUCAUGGUGAAUUCUGGAUGAACGACAAUCUACCGCUAAACUUUCCUGGUGGAUACUUGAACAACAAUGAUGUUAUCACAGCAAACAACAACAAUCAGCCAAUCAUUGAUGGAGAAUUCUUCAUGAACAAUGAUGAUGUCACAGCAAUCAACAACAAUCAGCCAAUCAUUGAUGACGAAUUCUUCAUGAACAAUGGUGUUAUGACAGCAAAUAAUAACUAUCAGCUUGAACAGGCCUUGCAAAAUAUUGAAGACUUGUUGAUGAACGACAAUGAAGAGACAACGCAAUGUAAUGAUGGAGUUCAGAUGAACGACAAUCUCCUGUCAAUAACUGAUUGUGGAAUUCGGAUGAACAACUAUGAGGAGUCAAUGCAAUGUAAUGAUGGAAUCCAGAUGAGCGACAAUUUCCUGCCAAUAACUGAUCGUGGAAUUUGGAUGAACGACAAUUCCCCGCCAAUAGCUCAUGGUGGAUUCUCAGUAAACCACAAUCUUCCGUUAAUGAGUAAUGCAUGGUGGAAUCCUGGUGAACAACAAUUCACGCCAAAUAUCAGUCAAGGUGAAGAAGCGGCAGAGAUAGAUUCAUUGUCUACAGAAGAAACUCUUCAUUUUCUGGAUGUGUUUACUGAACGAUUGGAUUAG